GUCUUCCUCUAACGCCUUUACUUUUCCUCAUCCUCAACGAGUUUCUGCUCCCAACGGCCCUUAGAGAGAAGAAACGAGCUCCUGUGAAUUUACACACCUGUGAAGAGAACUGACACACCGGUACGUGAAAUAUGGCGGAGAAAAGGGGCGUUUGUUGCCUGGAGUACCGGAGCUGAACGCCGAAAACAGCAGCAGCAGCGGCAGCGGCAGCAGCAGCAGCAGCAGCAGAAGAGGGAAGUAGAGCUCAUCCCAAACAGACUGCAGGCAGCGGGCUCACUUAUUGUUCCGGACAGUGUGGAGAGAGGACCCUACUGCUGCUCCUAUCACUAACUCAGACUGCGCUUUAGCACACAGGUAAGAUUUAAUAUAUUCCAGGUACAUAAAAAGACGACUAACUUAAUGAGAAAAGGCGUGGACUGUUGAGCUAGUUGAGUUGGCUAGCUAAAGUAGGCGAGGUUUAACUAUGUAUGAUUAUUUUUCCACUUGGAGUUUGCUUGUAACCAUCGUUAAUCCAAAAUAUUUAUGUCUCAUUUUGCUUUGCAUCAAUAGUCUUCCUUUUCAAUCAAAAAAAUGUGUACUCUAAAACUGUAGCAAUGUGUAGGAUUAGCUUUCAGUAAGCUAAAGUUGGUCAUGGAACCUGCUAACUUCACACAGUUCUAAAUAUACAUGGAGGCGUCUAAGAUCACUCAUCUGCUCAAGUCUCAAACCUGCAAAACGAGGGGAUCCCCACACAGCUCGGUGCCCUCCUCUACCCUUUAAACAAGAUAAUCAAGUAUUUGCAUUGAGCCCAUGGUGAUGCAACAUUUUAAUUUGCUCAUUCAAAUUCACAUCUGUUUCUCAAUGUUGUGUCCUACAGUCUCUCCUGUACUUCACAGUUGAUUCGGACAGACCCUGUGUUGACUCACCUUACACUCUCUAUUGCCUGGAGUUGUUUUUCUUCUUUGUUAUUACAAUGACAGACUCUGUGCAGGUUUGUUUUAACUUGGAAAACCAGUUGUUUGUGUGCACACAUUGAAAGUAAUCUCAUCAGUAGAGGUGAAUAAGCAGAAUUGCCCAAUGACUGCUCCACAAGGAUGCACUGAUAAACUAGAACCAUUAUGAGCGUUAAUGCUGAUGUAUUUUUUUUAUUCAUUAUCCCAUCUCAGCCCCAUCACCCCAUCAGCAAAACGAUAUGAGUCAUCCUGAGUGAGCCUAUAUUAGUCAGCAAUGUGGCUACAGUUCAACAUGUCUAAUACACAUUUAGGUCAAAUACAAUAUUAUUUUUUGGUCGUCCGGUUAAUUUCAGAUGUCUGAAAUCAUUAGAAGAGGUAGGUGCCAGCUAAAGUGGUUGAUCGUAUGUUACUGUAACAGCACUUUUUUUGCAUCAUCCAAAGUUAUACAUCAAAGUUUGUAGUAUAGCAGGGUAAGAGUUGUAUUGAGUUGUACAUGUGCAGGACAAAUCUGCUUAAGAUAUGAGUAGUAUGACUUGCCAGUAUCAAAUACAGGUUGAAAGUCCCUCACAGGAGCUUUAAACAGCCUGACAAAGGUCCUCAUUUUUACCCUAACAUGAAAUAAACAAUUAAAGCAAAGAAUGAUAAAAUAUUAAAAUACAUUACGAUAAAAAGAUCAUAUUAAAGUAUAAAAAUGUCAGCAUAUUGUGAUAAAAAUGCCAUAUUAUAAAAUGAUUUUAAAAAAUCAUUGUAAAGUAUAUAAAAAAUAAGUUCAGUAUGAUAAAAAAAAUACCAUAGUAUAGUAUGAUAAAAAUCAUUGUAAAAUGUGUUAAAAUAUCAUAGUGUCAUAUGAUAAGAAAUAUCAUAGUUUAAUGAUAAAAGUUUCAUGUUAUAGUACAAUAAAAAUGUCACAGCAUAAUUUGAUUUAAAAAAUAUAUAUAUCAUAAUAUAGUAUGAUAAAAAUAUAGUUAAGUAAGAUAAAAAAAUAAUUGUAAAAUAUAUAAAAAAUAUCAUAGUACAGUAUGAUAAAAUAUGUGUACAUGAAAUCAGUUUAGUUCCAAUCAAAGUAUUGUCACAAGAAGCUAGAAACACAGAUAAUAAAAAAAAUAAAACUGCAAAUACUCAAUAGUAACAAGCUAUUGUUCAGCUAUUACGUUCUUUUCUAAUGCGCGUUUGUUUCCAUAGGCUUAACACAGGAUCUUCACUUUUAGACAGAUAUGACAUAAAACAACAGCAAUCUGUGAAUUCCAACUUAUUAUCCAAAUAAGGUCAUAUCAGCGUGAACCAAUAUCAUCUGAUACUGAAAAUAAACCAGUCAAAGAACUUUUUAAAUCCCUAUUUUUAAAAGAGAUAUGCCAAUCAAGUUAUUAUUAUUGUUAUCAUUAUUAUUACAUCACUGUGUCUCUGCUUGACUAUUAUAGGUUGGUCGGCAUAUUUUUGCCAUUUUUUUGAAUAUUGGCUUGGCUAGGAUUUGCCCAUUUUCUGCCAGAGACACACAAAGUCUUGACAGGCACUAAAAUCAGCUUCAUUCUUAAUAGACUGAAAAGAAGUUUUAUGGUUUUGAUGGAAUUUUUUCCAUUAAAAAUUCCCAGUUGUGUGCGAGACUUUGAAACUUCAGAAGUGCAUUCAUGAAAUCAUUCAGAGUACUUGAAAGACAACUGUUGAAUGCCAUGUUGAGUUUCCCCCAAAUAAAGAGAGAUAGCUAAUAAAAUAAAACCCUUUCUGGUAUGCAGUUAUUGUAGAAUUAACCUGCAUUUAUUGGACAGUUUGCAAGCGAUUGCAACAGCUUUCUGCAAUAUUUUAGCUCCACCAGAAUUUUCCAUUUUAUUUAACCACUACUCUACCAGAAAUAUUCCCUCUGAAAUACCAUCCUCUUCUUUACUUUUACAAAGGAGUCCAAGCCGAGAGAGAAGCAGCAUCCAUCACAACAAGUAACGUCAAGACUUGAAAGGGGGAAACAGAGAAAAGCUGAUCAGAUAGAAGAUAUUUAGACAUGUUUUAGAGUGCGUUCACUAUUCUCCCAAACAAAUCUGUAGUUUCUAGUCUUCUGGGUUUAAAAAAUACUGUAAGGAAACAGAACAAAGCAGAGGAAUUGCUGCUAUAUUUAAAACUCCCUCUGUUUGUGUUCAUGCUUUAUCUUGGUCAUAAUAGCUGUUUCCUGUUCUGCCUUCUCCUCCCACUCACUUCUAUGCACUGAAAAGGACACACAAGUUCCAGCUGAUCUGCCUCUUUGUUGAGCGCAUGAAGGAGCAAAAUGUGAUUGUGCUGACAGACAACAUUCCCCAAAAGUUCACUCGGCCCUGUGGGAAUAUAUAGUUUCUUUCCUUAAAUGGGCAAAAAUAUGCUUGAAUAUCACCAGUAUAAUGCAUGACGAUCAUGUAGUAUACCAAGGAUGCCUGGCCUGCUCGUCACAAUAAAUCACACUUAGAGAGAAAUGUAAAAUUUCCUCUUUAAACAAAUGCUAUUUUUUCCUCAUCAAACCUCUCAUGCUUGUCGAUGAGCAAAAGAAAAUGCUCGUUCACUCUUUUUGUGAUUUUAUAAAACACCUCAAUCUUUUCAGAAGCUCUUGCAGUCUGUCGGUCACCCUUAUGUUCUCCUUAAUCAUCUCUCUUACUUCUCUCCAAACAGGCGCCAUGAGCAGUGAGCUGAACGUGCCCAUGGGCUCCCCAGCGCCCGGAGCUUCAGAGCGGGCUCCUGACGGCGGGAUGGACUACAGGGACUGGGUGCGACGGAGCUACCUGGAGCUGGUCAGCUCCAACCACCACUCAGUGCAGGCCCUGUCCUGGAGGAAGCUCUACCUGAGCCGGGCUAAGCUGAAGGCCUCCAGCAGGACGUCUGCUCUGCUCUCCGGGUUCGCAAUGGUAGGCCACGUCCACCUAAUGGCCCUCAUUUAUCAAUCUUGAGUAGAUCUGAGCGCAGGAUUCAUCGUACGAUAGGACACACGUGAGAUUUAUGAAAGGGUUCGUAUCUGACCAAUCCCAGCGUACAUAUGAUCGGGUCUUGAUAAAUGCGGCGGCUGAAAUCAAUCGUCAUUAACAUGUUCACGCCCUCAAAUAUUGGUGGUUCAGAAGCCUCGCCCAGUGAGGUCAGACAAUCCUUGGAAACUAACAAGGAUUUUCUCUUUGGAAGCAUCAAAACUGGUAUAAAAGUAGUCCAGUCCAUGUCAGAAUCCAUCGAUAAGGUCCUGUCUCCUCCGUACAGGAGACAUCGAUAAGGUCCUGUCUCCUCCAUACAGCACCUUUGUGGAGUCUCUCCUCGUUAUUGUUCUCCGGGCAUCGGGUCUUCAUAACCGGCACAACCAACGGCACUCCAUUCUCCAGUGCAACAUUGUGCAAAACCGUACCGGCCCAAAUGAUGUCCCACAACCUCUCAGAGUGUACAACAACGUCCCCGCUGCUGGGCCAAGACGGAGACACCUGCCUUUUAGGAGUCAAACGCAGCGCUACACAGUGGCGCGUGUGCGUGUGUGCGCCAUGUUGAAACGGCGCUCCUGCUCUGUGGCAGUGUUUCUGGGCAGAGUUAUCAAUUAGGCCUAUUCACUAAGGACGUAACAAAUUUAAUCUUUAAUGAAAUCUGGCUGAUUGUGCUUCAUGACAGGUUUGAGGUUUGUUUAUCAGUUAUUUUGAGACAGACAUUUGCUACACCGCAGAUCCACACUGACUCAAACUUGCGUACACGAUGUCGGACCUGUCGUGAGAUUCGGUCACAGCAUACGCUCACAUGCAGAUUGUUAAAUGCCGACCCUCACGUCGCAACUAAGUUUUCCACCGUACGCAAGCUUGAUAAAUGAGGACCAUUAUGAGCAGCUUUUACUUUCUCCUUUCAACAAUUCAUGAGAAGCCUGUGGUUCUCAGUUCUUCCACCACAAUGAUGUGUUCUUUCUCUCUCAUGCACCAGAUGGGCUCACUGGUCUCAUGAAAAAGCAGGUCUGGGCAGGAAAUGGUUAUAAACAUCCUGUCUUUGCUCUCAAAAGAGGAACAAAACACCGACAACGGCUCUAGAAUAGAACUACCUUGAAUUGCAAAUGUUUGAUCGGAUCAACGGCCAGAUUGAGUUUUUCUGCAGCAACUGUGGUUGAAAUUUCCUUUUUCAAUUAUCGGUCCUGCAAUACUCUUGUAUCCUAUUAUCUAAUGGGCAUGCACCAUCUUAUAUGAUGGAUUUCUCUGUCAUAGACUCCAGUUUAUUUGUCUUUGACCUCGCCUGCAUUUUCGUCAACUGCUUUGUUCUUCUCUUAAUUUUCGUUGUCGUUUUCUUCCGCUUCAUCCGGGUCCGGGUCGCGGGGGCAGCAGCUUCAGGAGGGAAGCCCAGACGGCCCUCACCCCGGCCACUUCCACCAGCUCCUCCGGGGGGAUUCCCAGGCGCUCCCAGGCCAGGCGAGAGAUAUAAUCCCUCCACCUGGUCCUGGGGUCCGCGAGGUCUCCUCCCGGUGGGACAUGUCUGGAACACCUCUAAUGGGAGGCGUCCAGAAGGCAUCCUAACUUCAGCUGACUCCUCUCGACAUGGAGAAAAGCAGCAGUUCUCCUCUGAGCGCCUCCCGAGUGUCCGAGCUCCUUACCCUAUCUCUAAGGCUGAGCCCGGCCACCCUGCGAAGGAAACCCAUUUCAGCCGCUUGUAUCCGCGAUCUUGUUCUUUCGGUCAUCACCCAAACUUCAUAACCAUAGGUUAAUUUUAUGUACCAUAAAGAAACUGUCUGAUAAAUUCACUCGAUUUCUUUCCGUGCAGAGAUUUGACUACAGUUUGCCUGUCAGAUUAUUAGCACAUCUGAUGAAUCGGUCAUCGGAUUAAUCAGUUCGUCUCCGAUGUAAAUUACGAGGACUAAUUUUGUAUCCGUGUCCCGUAUCCGUGUCAUAGGUGGCCAUGGUGGAGGUGCAGCUGGAGAUGCAUUACAGUUACCCUCCUGUGCUCCUCAUCGCCUUCAGCGUGUGCACCACCGUGCUGGUGGCGGUGCACCUCUUCGCUCUGCUAAUCAGCACCUGCAUCCUCCCGAACGUGGAGGCCGUCAGCAACAUCCACAACCUCAACUCCGUCAGCGAGUCUCCACACGAGCGCAUGCACUACUACAUCGAGCUGGCGUGGGGCUUCUCCACAGCGCUGGGCAUCCUCCUGUUUUUAGCAGAGGUGGUCCUCCUCUGCUGGAUCAAGUUCCUGCCGGUGGACUCCUGCGUGAUCAAAAAGGGGACCACCUGCGGCUCCACAGCAACAGCGACAGCAGCGCCGCCCGUGCCGCAGGACAGCGGCUGGCAGGCGGCGCUGGCCUCCACCAUCAUAAUGGUGCCGGUGGGGGUGAUUUUCGUGGUGUUCACUAUUCACUUCUACCGCUCUCUGGUGCGCCACAAGACAGAGCGCCACCACCAGGAGAUAGAAGAACUGCACAAGAUUAAGGUGCAGCUAGACGGCCACGAGAGAGGCCUCCAGACUGUGUGAGAGCAGGACGGCAGCUUUAAGACUUCCUUUACAUCCUCUAUUUAUCCUCUCUUCUCUGUCUGUUUCUCAAAGCUUCACUCCCACCGUGGGCUUCAAAGCUCCGCAAACACACGUCAGACUGCUAAUUUAUUCUUAAGGUGUUCAGUGUUUUUCUGUAAUUAGCUUGUCUGUGUUGUAGCUCUGUGGUCAGUGUUGGUCAAUAAUGUUAAAAAAAAAGUUUACAGAAAUAAGGGCUAAAAGGUAGGGAUGCACUGAUCUAGCUGUUUGAUAAUUAGCUGUGUGCCAAACGGUGAAAAGGACUGAAAUAUCCUUUAAUCUGAGAGGCAAACAAACCCAACUCUUAACUUUUCUGGACAAUGCUCCUGCCACAUGUGACACGGUGCCACGACACAAUCCUAAAAGGAGACAUGAACAUGAGGUUGGUGCAUCCCUACUGAAAUGUUCUGUGUGCCAUUUUUUUUUUUUCUGUGCCAUGUUUCUGAGCAGGAUUCUCAUGGUAGGGUUUGGAGAAGGUCACUGGUUUCUUUUUGGGUCUGGUGAAAGGUAAUACUCGGAUUCAAGAAAACUCACUCAUACAAAUCUCCUCAUGUAUCUGUUUUCUGCUCUUACACCUUUUAAAGCAAAGAGUCACCUAAAGCAGCGGCAAACCUCAGCUGCUUCGAAAUGCAAAAGUAACGUGGCUGAUGACUGCAGCUCUUAAAGAUUUUCAGAGAGAAAAAAAAAAAAAGAGUCUGAAGUUUGUGUAAAUUGGAGAAUCUGCGAGUUGAACUUAUUAUAAUGCUGCAACUACUAAACUCAUAAAUGUCAAAGCUUUGAAUCAGGACCUUUAGUGUUUUGGUUCUUACACCAAAAAGUCAUUUUUGCACCUGAAUUCAUGAAGUCAACCUUUAAAUUGACAACCAUUUUAGACACUUUAUCUAAUAUUUAAAGCGAAUAACAAGACCACACCUCUGCCUUCUCAGAUCUUAUUCUUUAACUGAAAGUCCUUUUUAAAUCUAUUCCCCUUCAAACACUGAACAUUACAUGGCGUCAGUAAGAGAUUUGACAAGAUCAGAGUUUAUGAAAGUUAUACACCAGACUAUCAAAUCCAACCCAACCCGGACCAUGUUGCAUGGAUUUCGAUGUGAAUGCUCCUCGGUAAAGCUAAUAUUUGUGGUUAAAUUGAACUGUGUCCUGCGUCACUCUGCAGCUUUGUGUCUCACUGUUUUUUUCUCACUGAUUGGGAGCAUUUUUACGCUUUGUUCAAUGUUGUAAAGUCUUAAAAAUGUUACAUUCUUGCCAAACUGUAUUGGGAUGUGGGUUACUGUUUUACACCCAGAAUCUCACACAAGCCUCAAACUCAUCUUCCUCUUUCAGACUGCUUUUAUCGUCCUACAGAGACCACAGAUCCUGUGCGAAGGAACUCAUCAGUCCUGCACGCCGAUGCUGCUUCAAUAUGAAUGUGUUAAUCUCCAAAUAUAGCUAUGCCUUACGGAAAUAUUGCCUUUUAUGAACUGCUGUUUUGCUGGAGGCCAUCAAAUAAGCAGCUGUGUUUACCGGGAAAGAAGUUUAGACGACGAUAACGAUGAUGAUGAUGAAGGCCCAAAGGGCUGGAGAAAAGGUCAACGUGGAGAAGAGUCAUGGAGUGCAUGUUGUAAAUCAGCAUGACUUUGUGUCAACCAAUAUAUCAGAUAAUGAACUCGUUGAGUGUUGCCAGAAUUACACACACGUUGGUUGUGCAAGUUACUGUGUUAAAAAAGGAAAAUGUACCAACUUGUUUUCACAUUCCAAAUACAAGCACUGACCAAAGUGUCGCUCAGCCGUUUGUUUCUGCCUCUCUGAAGAGACCAUGUGCAUCUGUAGUUGAGUCAUACAGAGAAGAAAGUUUCGGACUUUAUCUGGAGUUCACAGAGACGUUUGUGUUGGAAGAUAAAAGUCACAAUUUGCAAAAGAGGUUGAAAUAAAAACAAAUAUCAAAGUUAUCAACAUGUCUUUGUGUCUAUAAGCAGUUCAAGACAUGCUUGCAUUAAAGGAUAAUUCCAAAGUUUUUUUAAACCGUGAGCAAAUCUUAUCAGCAGAGUCAUGACAGACUUUAAAAGCUAGAAAAACCGAACUCAGAAAAAGAACAGUAACAUCUAAUAAAUACACAAUUAAGCUCAUUUGGAAACACCUGCACAGAACUGUAGUCCAGGUUUUUACAUGCAAAAACACAUGAGGCUUCAAAUAUUCAUAUUAGAGAAUUGUGUUAUUACCUCCAUCCUCAUGGCACUCUUUUUUUGUGUUGGUCCAUACAAAAUUAAUUAAAUCCAUUUAAACCUGCAUUUGUUGUAUCAGAUGCCUAGAAAUGCCUCCAAACCUUUGUGUACAUUCAGAUUACUAAAACACACAUCUCAUUAAAAUCCUCCAAAAGUUCA